AUGGCCGCACAGCAGAAUUCCGGCCUCCCGCCAGACAUCGCUGCCAUCCUUGCGUUCAACGAAACCGGCGCGCAAUUUUUCAAGCGUGUGCAGCACGAAUGCGUCCUGACAGGCUUCCCCAUAAUCGAUAACAACCUUGCGCUGCGACCCGGUGUUGUGCUGGAGGUAGUCGGGCCAUCCGGCAGUGGCAAAACAGAGCUGCUGCUCAGCAUCGCACUGCAUGUGUUGCUCUCUCCUUACGCAGACCCCAACGCCUGGCUAGUCCCCAAAACCCAACCACCACAACCAACCCAACCGCCCCAACCACCGACUAAUCAGCAGCCGUCUCAUGAUCAAGGAACACCAGCACCAGGACAGGUCCACCCACAUAACAAUCAGCAAAGCUCGCAACCGGCACCAGGCUUAGCCGUGAACCCCGAAGCGGCCGCUCCUCAUCGUGCUUCCCAUGCACCCCCCAAUGCCGGCAGCGUCAUCUUCCUGGACUUGGAUGGCAAGUUUGAUGGAGUGCGCCUCAUGCAGGUCCGCUGUGGUGUUGGGUGGGGGGCCCCCGAGGGAUGCGGCGGGGUGAGGGGAGGCAAUGUGGAGGAAAUGGCGGCGGAGGCGGUGGAGCAGCCGGUGGUGGCGAUGCUGAGUCCGGAGCAGGUCGUGGAGGAGGUGCUGUCACAUCUUCAUGUGGCCAGCUGUCGCUCCAGUCUGCAACUGCUAGCAGCACUUGCGGGACUACCCGCCCGGCUGGAGGCGCUCCAGGCGUCGGGGAGUCCCUGUCGGCUGGUGCUGAUUGACAACGUGGGAGCGCACUACUGGCGCGACCGGGCGGCCAGGAACGUGCCACCGCUGCUUCAGGGGGGAGGAGCUAUCGCCGGGCGACUGGUGUAUUUGUCGCGCCGACACCGGUUGCCUGUUGUGGCAACCAAGACUGCGGCCGUCACGGCGAAGGGGCUCGACGGCGGCAGCGCAGUUAGCGGCGACUGGUCGGCGGCGUUGGCGGCGGCGCCAGGCGGUGACAUGUGUCCGAAAGUGCAGCUACAGCAGCGGGAGUUCAUGCCCAUGCCAUGGCAGAACGUCGUCACACACCGCCUUCUGCUGUACCCUCGAGGUGUUGUUGUACCCGGGGCGCCGGCGGCGCCAUCGCGCGGCGCCCAACAACAGCACCAGCCACCACCACCGGCGGCGCUGACAGCCCUGACAGCCAUUUUGGCGGAAAUGUUGGGUCCCGUGGGCCACGCGGCAUCGGCGGCGGCGUCCACAUCGGCGACAGCCCUGUGUGGGGCCUCGGGAGUUGCGAUCUUGGCCGGACCCGGUGGCGGCGGCGGCGGUGGCGGCGGCGGCGUGGGUUAUGGGGGACGGGGCCUGGCACAGCUGCUUGUGAGCUCUGUCGCAAUGGUGGAGCAAUGGUAA